AUGCAAGACAACACAACACCAUCCACUUAUACAAAUAACACGACGAUGUCCAGUUCGCCAGUGACUAUGGCCUUUGACCACGCACCUAAACGGUCCAUGUUUGAGGCCCGGGACGCAGCCAGCUGGGAUGAUGCCACCUGGAUCCUCACUAGCUCAUUCAUUAUAUUUACCAUGCAGUCAGGGUUUGGCCUGUUGGAAAGUGGUUCAGUUAGUUCCAAAAAUGAAGUCAACAUCAUGGCGAAGAAUGUUGCAGACGUCAUAUUCGGUGGGAUCUCCUACUGGAUGCUGGGAUACGGUUUCAGCUUUGGAGACGGCAGCGGCACCAACGGUUUCUGCGGGAUCGGCAAGUUCUUCAUUGAUCCUGAAGAUUCAGUCAUGGGAGAGGAGUUCUCGCGUUUUGUCUUUCAAAGCUCUUUCGCCACCACAGCAACAACAAUUGUCUCAGGCGCUAUAGCUGAAAGGACAAGGUACCUUGCUUACAUCGUUUUCUCCUUCUUCAACACCUUCGUCUUCUGUUUCCCCGCCCAUUGGGUGUGGUCGAAGCAUGGUUGGCUUAACAAACUGGGCGUGGUUGAUGUCGCUGGAGACGGGCCUGUGCACUUGGUAGGCGGGGCUACCUCUCUAAUUGCUACAAUUAUUAUCAAACCCCGAGCCAAAAGAUUCACUCCAGAAGAUGAUCACCAGAUGGGAUCUCCUACAGGGGCCUUGCUUGGGCUCUUCAUUUUAUGGUGGGGAUGGCUGGCGUUCAACUGUGGGAGUACUUACGGUAUUUCUGGUGGCAAAUGGAAGAUGGCAGCCAGGGCUGCAGCUACAACAUUAAUGGCUGCCUCUACUGGAGGCGUGGCAGGAUUUGGCUGUAGCUACAUUGUCAACAACCGAAAGUUCCACAUUCCACAGAUCAUUAACGGAGUCCUCGGUGGCCUUGUCUCCAUCACAGCCAGCUGCGCCGUGACUGGUAUCUGGGAGUCUCUUGUUAUCGGCGCCAUUGGUGGAGUUCUGGUGAUGGCCAGUGAUGCCUUGCUGGUCAAACUGCACAUCGAUGACCCAGUCAGCGCCAUCCCCGUGCAUGGAGUAGGUGGGAUUUGGGGCCUCAUUGCAGCAGGCCUCUUUACCCACAAGGACAAUAUUACACAGAACUUCUCCCGGACACACGGACUUGUCAAGGGAGGAGGAUUUUAUUUGCUAGGAGUACAAAUGCUUGCUGUUGUGGUCAUCACCGCCUGGUCAAUGGCGGCAUCCGGCCUGGUACUGGUCAUUCUGGACAAGACUAUGGGUCUAAGACUGACACCCGAGGAGGAAGAAAUCGGCUCAGAUUUUAUCGAACACAACAUCAGAUCAUUGAACGCCAGGUGCAAGUCGGAAAUUAUGUCUUCUGCAAUUGCUGAAUUAGAGACAAAUGGAACAGUGCUUAAUACUAACGGAGAGUUUAUUCUCCGCAUAGACCCCAAUCUUAUGGCGAAUAGUACACCUGGCAUUGAGGACAGUGCUACCAAUGGCAACACCAUACACCCUGUGUUAGAAACCCGGCCAGGAGAGCGAGAACAAUCUCAACCAAAAAGUAAACUGCACUUUCUUAUUAUAAGAAACCGUUCAAGUGAUGCAAAGUCCACAAAUGACAAAGUCAAGAACCCAAAACGAGAUUCACAAAAGCAGGAUUCUGCAUGCAACAUUUCUGGAGUGUCCAUGCUCAGUUAUUCUCCACAAAAAGACAACUUGACAAAUCACAGUUGUGAUAUAGACUGA